GGGAACGACGCUCUCUCUCUCUCUCUUUCCAGAGACCAUUUCCUUCUUUUCCUCACCCUUAAGCCCUUUCCCCCGAUCGAUUUUUCUCGAGACCAUCGGCAAUUGGAUUAUAAUUGAUUUUAUGGUUAUUUCUGCAACCCUAAGAUAAUUGGGAGGUCAAAGAGGAGUAGGAGGAGGUGGAAGGGGAGGAGAUGGGCGCCUGCAUCUCCAGCGCCGACCCCAAUAGCGACACCGCCGCCGCUGCCUCCACGGAGGAGCAGCAGGGCCGGCCGGAAGCGAACAGGGGGCAGCAGCAGCAGCAGAGGGUCCGCGACGGCGGGAAGGAGAAGGCGGCGGCCGGCGGGUUGGUGCCGUGCGGGAGAAGGACGAACUUUGGUUACGACAGGGAUUUCGCGAGUAAGUACACGAUCGGGAAGCUUCUUGGACAUGGGCAGUUCGGGUACACCUUCGUGGCGACCGAUAAGGCUCAUGGGGAUCGCGUGGCGGUGAAGCGGAUCGACAAGAAUAAGAUGAUCCUUCCCAUUGCUGUCGAGGAUGUUAAGCGCGAAGUAAUGAUACUGAAAGCCCUAAAAGGACAUGAAAAUGUUGUCCAUUUCUACAAUGCCUAUGAAGAUGAUUCGUUUGUAUAUAUAGCCAUGGAAUUAUGUGAAGGUGGUGAACUGCUUGAUCGGAUAUUGGCCAAAAAAAACAGCCGUUAUACUGAGAAAGAUGCUGCAGUAGUAGUACGACAGAUGCUUAAAGUUGCAGCUGAGUGUCAUCUACAUGGUCUGGUUCACCGAGACAUGAAGCCAGAGAACUUCCUAUUCAAAUCUACAAAAGAGGACUCACCUCUGAAGGCAACAGAUUUUGGCCUAUCAGACUUUAUAAGGCCAGGAAAGAAAUUUCAAGAUAUUGUUGGCAGUGCAUAUUAUGUUGCUCCGGAGGUACUAAAACGGACGUCUGGGCCUGAGUCAGAUGUUUGGAGCAUAGGCGUUAUAACCUACAUUUUGCUUUGUGGAAAGCGUCCCUUUUGGAAUAGAACUGAAAAUGGAAUAUUCAAGGAGGUGUUAAAAACUGAGCCAGAUUUUCAACGAAAGCCAUGGCCAAGCAUAAGCAACAGUGCCAAAGAUUUUGUUAAGAAGUUAUUGGUAAAGGAUCCACGUGUAAGACUAACUGCUGCUCAGGCUUUGUCACAUUCAUGGGUAAGAGAAGGAGGUGAUGCAUUGGAAAUCCCUUUGGAUAUUUCUGUGUUAUCUAACAUGCGACAGUUUGUAAAAUAUAGUCGGUUUAAGCAAUUUGCGCUCAGGGCAUUAGCAACGACCCUCAAUGAGGAGGAAUUAGCUGAUCUCAAAGACCAGUUUGAUGCAAUUGAUGUUGAUAAAAGUGGUGCAAUCAGUCUUGAAGAAAUGAGACAUGCGCUUGCUAAAGAUCUUCCUUGGAAAUCGAAGGAGUCUCAUGUUUUGGAGAUUCUCCAAGCGAUGGACAGCAAUACAGAUGGCCUUAUCGACUUUGAAGAAUUUGUAGCUGCUGCUUUGCAUAUGCAUCAGUUGGUGGAGCUCGACUCUGAAAAGUGGCGGUCGCUUUCACAAGCUGCUUUUGAUAAGUUUGAUGUGGACAGAGAUGGAUAUAUCACACCUGAGGAACUUCGAAUGCACACGGGUUUGAAAGGCUCCAUUGAUCCACUACUAGAGGAGGUUGACAUCGACAAGGAUGGGAAAAUCAGCCUGGAUGAAUUCCGCAGACUCCUAAAAACCGCAAGCAUGGGAUCUCGCAAUGUGCCAAAUCGAUCUACUGGUCACUGAUCCUCGGAAGUUGUAGCUCAUAGAGAAUGGAGAAGGUUGAAGAAAUCUUGAGUUCGAUGUUUACAAGUGCUUUUGUGACAUGUUUGGUGCACUUUCUUUCGUAUGCAUCAUGUUUUAGUAUGUAAGGAUUAGAAAAGCUUACCAUUCUGAAGAGAGCAUGUUAAGUCAAGGUAGUUAACCCUACUUUUCUCUCUGUAACUCGGACUUCGUUGGCGUGGUGGUGGGCUCACUUUUUUAUGUUUUUUUGGAAUGUGACCAUAAAUGUGAGACGAUGUCUCAUUAUGUGACAUAUUAAAUGCAAAUUUGUAUAAAUACUUUCUUUU